UAAAUAAUGCAUUUAAAACUUCCAGAGCAUUCGAUUCGCACACACGCUUCUUAAAGCUUAGUCGGUGCUGUAUUUUUGUUGUUUAAAAUAAUAUUUACUGCAAUUUUUAAUUAUCAAGCGACAAAAUGAUCAUCCCAGUUCGUUGUUUCACUUGUGGAAAAGUUAUUGGCAAUAAAUGGGAAGCUUAUCUGGGUCUUUUGCAAGCUGAAUACACUGAAGGCGAUGCAUUGGACUAUCUGGGAUUAAAACGCUACUGCUGUCGCAGAAUGCUUCUCGGCCACGUGGACUUGAUCGAGAAAUUACUUAACUACGCUCCACUUGAAAAAUAAACACUUCUAUUAUUCCGACAUGUAAAUAAUUACUUAUAAGCUUACUUUUAAAAAAAAAAAUAUAUAUAUAUAAAACUAAAAAAAAAUUUUUCUUAUACAUUAUAU